AUGUUGCUGAGGGAUGGGGAAAAUGGCAAUGUUUUGCAUGAAGUAAAAGUCAAAUUGGAUGAAUGUUAUAAAAUACUGACUGAUGUUUCUCCAAAGGAAAAUGGUUUAGUGUUGGAAGUGCCAGAUACAAAGAUAUCUUCCCCAAAAUGUAGCGUCAAAAAUAGCAAGUGUUUAGUAAAUCCGUUUAAACCCAUACUAAAACCGGCAAAGAAAAAUCCCUGGUCAGGUCGAAGUGGUGCAAAAGCAGCAACUUUAAAAAGAAGUUAUGCUUCAACAUUAACAGAAAUAGAAGGAAAGCAAGCAAAGAUUAGACGAAAUGAUUCAAAUAUUGUGACAGAUGAAAUAAACUCUUCCCAUUACAGACCUAUUGAGCCCUUGAACAAAGAAUCAGGUAAUAAACUGGAAAAGAUCGUUCAGACCCCAAAGCGUGGAUUUUUUAAACUUAGUGACAUUGACACAAAUAUAAUCAUCACCAGAAAAGACUUAACAGAUCACAUCAUUGGUGCUGCACAUAAUGGUUUGCAGAAACAAUUUCCUGUCGUACUUGGUUUAGAAAACACAACACUUGGCCCUGUUACCAAUUUUUCUGUACAUCGGGGUACUUUUUUCCAGAUUCUCCACACAGGUACUCAUCACCGUGUAUUGGUUUCAAAUAUUGACUGUCAGAAUGCUUCAGUCAAUUUAUAUGACAGUUUGUACAAUGGAAGAGUCAGUUGUUUAACAAAAAAACAAAUUGCCAACCUACUCCAUGAGCCAUCACCAUCAAUCACAAUCAACAUACCACAUGUCCAGUAUCAAUCCAAUUACGUUGACUGUGGGGUGUUUGCAAUUGCAUUUCUUGUGUCAUUACUUUUUAACCAAGAUCCAACAACUUUGUUGUAUAAUGAAGGUUCCAUGCAAUUACACUUGUUGAGUUGUCUGAAAAAUAUGAGUUCACUCCUUUCCCUUCGACAAAGAAAAGGAAAAUUGAUGACAAGAGUCAAAUCCAAAGAAAAUUGA